GACUUUAUUGGUUUAAUAGGCUCCUAUAAGGCAGCAGGGCACUGAGCCACCCAGCCUCUCUCCAGCUACAGCGUAUUCUCGCUCAACUGGCACGUGACCCGAAAUCGGAGACAGGCUGACGUCAUCCAAUGCGACGGCUCCUGAAGCCACACUGCUACAGUCUCGCCAUCUCUCUCGCUUUGUGAAACACUACACUGACUCAAGGCUGUUGUUGAUUGAGCUAGAAGUGUGAUCGAGUUCAGAAAGAAUCUCAUCGCCAAGAGGCAGAUAAGAAAAUGAAGAAGAUGCCAAAAAUGUAUCCAGCUGGCCAGAAGAGUUUAGAGAAAGAAUGUCAACGUGAAGAGGAUGUCUCUGAAAAGAGAAUCAAAAGAAAGGGUAGGACUAACAUUCAGAGACCUCGCAAAAUUAUAAACCGUAUGAAGGUGAGAGACUGUAAUCCUCAAUAUAUGGGCCCAGAUGAAGACUUAAACAGAUUGGGCUCCAGUUUGGGCAGACGCUGCUACUUGAAGGACAGUAAUGCCCACAAGCCGUCAGAAUCCUUGAAGACUAACACAGUGAGGCCCGAGAAGAAAUUGUGUCCAAAUCAAACUGGAGAAGAUUUUCAAGAAAAUGACAACUUGUCCUCUCUUCAGGGUCGUCCACAAAUUAAACAACCUAAUGAGAAUAGGAAGAAACUGGCAUCUGCAACAAAAGACUUGGUAACGGCCUCUCAGCACCCUAGAUUUCAGCCCAUUGUGAAGCUAACAAGAAUCGAUGUCAUCAAAACUCAAGGAUUGUACAGUCUAAAUCCAAUCCGCCAACAGUGUGUGAGAACAUUUAAAUACAAAUUGAAUUCUAAAGAUAAUGGAAGGAUUCAUGGGAGUAAGAAACCGUAUCACUGUCCUGAAGGUGGGAAACAAUUCUCAAAUAGUCACAUGCCUAAGAAACACAGAGAAGAUAAUACAGGGAAGGAGCCAUACCACCAUUCUGAAUGUGUUAAGAACUUUUCAAAAUGCAGCCAUACCACAACUCCCAUUGUAGAGAAACCAUAUUUGUCUAAAGAUGGCAAAUGAUUCUCACAAGUGAGCCACGUUGAGACACACAUGAUUGGUCAUGGAGGACAGGGUUUAUGCCGUUGUUUACCACAUGCUGGACAUUCCUUUGACAAGAGCAGUCUUUUCAAACACAAAAUAAUUAAUACUGGAGAGAAACCAUAUUGUUGUUCUGAAUGUGGCAAAUGGUUCUCAAAAACAAGCAUUCUUCAGACACACAUGAGAAUGCACACAGGAGAACAGCCAUUUUCCUGUUUUGAAUGUGGCAAACGGUUCUCACAAACAGGCCAUCUUCAGACACACAUGAGAGUGCACACAGGAGAACAGCCAUUUUCCUGUUCUGAAUGUGGCAAACAAUUUUCAGAUAGCAGUAAUUAUCGCAGGCAUUUAAGAGUUCACACUGGUGAGAAGCCCUAUUGCUGUCCUGAAUGUGGCAAAAGAUUUUCCGACACAGGCGGUCUAAUGCGUCAUGCAGAAGUCCACAGUAAAGACCGUCCUUAUGCCUGUUCUGAAUGUGGCAAGAAAUUCUCACGAAGAAGCAAUCUUCACAGACAUAUAAGAACACACGUUUGAUAGAGGCCAUACUCGUUUCCUGAUUGUGACAAGCUAUUCACCGAUAACAGCAGCCUUCAUAGACACAACAGAAUUCAUUCUGGAUUAAGGCCAUAUUGUUGCUCUGAAUGUGGUAAGCGAUUCAUACAACCGUGCAGUCUUCAUCGACACGUAAGAACUCGCACAGGAGAAAAGCCAUACCGUUGCUCUAAGUGUGGAAAAACAUUCAUACAGAAAACUCAUCUUCAGGGACACAUGAAAAUUCAUGCUAAAAAGGCAAAGUCCAAAGAGACUGUAAAUAACAAAAAGAAAAAUCUGAAAUAAUUCAGUCAGGUGUGGAAAGAAAAUUGGAAUCGCUCUGCUAGUUGGUUACACAGAAUGUACAGUGAUCCCUCGCUAUAUCGCGCUUCGCCUUUCGCGGCUUCACUCCAUCGCGGAUUUUAUAUGUAAGCAUAUUUAAAUAUAUAUCGCGGAUUUUUCGCUGCUUCGCGGGUUUCUGCGGACAAUGGGUCUUUUAAUUUCUGGUACAUGCUUCCUCAGU